GAGAACGCUCCACCACGCUCCACCUCGCGCUCGGUCUACGUCAGUCUGUUCCGAGACGUCGCGCCGUGCCUGUCGUGCGCGGGUGUUAUGUUAUGUUACACCUUACGACGCGCUGCACGCACCUGAGACGCCCGUGAAGCUUGAUCAGGCUAUCGAGCCUCACCGUUACCGGGGCUGACGCACCCGAAGGUUGCACCGCAUCAACGGUCGUGAGAAGCGCGCGCGCGGGACAGCAUGGAUCGAUCGUCCAAGCUGAUUCUACGAAAGCUCAUCAUCGACUUCCUCUGCCUGUUUAUCGUGGGCAUUUCGGUGCUGAUGUUCUUCCUAUUCGGUAAACCUUACAAACGCGGUUUCUUCUGCAACGAUGAGUCACUCUAUCAUCCGUUCCACUCGUCCACGGUUACGAGCACGAUGCUGUAUAUCGUCGGCCUUUUCCUUCCUAUAUGUGCGAUGAUCGUAGGGGAGUACCUGCACUGGAGGCAUUUCUCCGGACAUACGGCGAACGUGCUUUUUGGAUACACCAUACCUCCAUGGCUGUGGAACGCUUAUCGCAAGGUCGGUGUAUUCGGUUUCGGUGCAGCCUGCACCGUUUUAACCACGGACAUCGCCAAGUACACCAUAGGUCGGCUACGGCCCCAUUUCAUGAAGCUCUGCGUACCCAGUGUUGACUGCAACCUGACCCAGUAUCAGCACAAAUAUAUCGAGGAUUUCCACUGUACCGCAACGGGAGUCUCGGACAAGCUGCUAAAGGAAGUCAGAUUAUCGUUUCCCUCCGGUCACUCGUCCUUCUCGGCCUACACCAUGAUCUAUCUUGCGAUGUACCUACAGUUGAGAAUGAAAUGGAAGGGCAGUAAACUGCUUAGACACUUCCUUCAAUUCCUGUGCUUGCUCAUGGCUUGGUUUACCGCGAUGACACGAAUUUCCAAUUAUAAACAUCAUUGGAGUGACGUGCUCGCUGGAGCUACCAUCGGAAUAGUCAGCGCUUUAGUGAUGACACACUGCGUGGCAGAUCUCUUCAAAGAGGAGAGAGAGAAACACAGUUCCAUAGAAAAGCACCGAACUGCCGAUUACGAAGCGGAGACGGGCGUCACCAACACACAGGAUGAAUCAAGCCCGCUGCAAGUGAGAAUGCAAACGUACGGCGGAGUUAAUAGAAGUACGGAAGAUGUCACACGUAGACGCGAUUCUAAUUAACAUUUCACAUAAAUAAUCAAUUAAUUCAAUAUUAAUGUUUGACUUUAAUAUGUUUUUUUAUUACGUCUUUAGGUAUUAUCCUUGAACUUUUUCUUUAUGAAAUUAAAACUAGAACAAGAUCUCUAUACAUAUGUAUACAAGAAUAAGUAAAACUCUAAUAAAAGUAUGUAGUUUAGAAUUUAAAUGAUAUAAUAUUUAUAAAGUGCAUUUAUCUUUUCUUCAUGUGUAGUUGUACGUACAUACAUGUAUGCAUGUAGAGUUCUCUAUUAUAAAUUUAUCUUAUAUUUAACAUUAUAAGUUAAUGAAAGUAAAUAUGUAUAUAGUUAUAAUAUGUUAUGUGUAUGUUUUCUUUUAUGAAAAACAGUUGAUGAUACAUGCAAA